AUGCCCCGCAGGAAAUCCGCGUCGGGAGGCUCUAAUGCCGCCGGCCCAGACCCGGGGAGGCAAGUGGUUCUGAGCCGGUUCUUCAAGUCUGCGGGAAGCCUAAGAUCCAGCGUGUCCCCCACAGAACCAGCAGAGAAGGUGACAGAAGGUGACAGCAGGAAGAGGUCACUGGGGAAUGGUGAGCCCACUAACAAGAAAGCAAAGAAAGUUCCAGAGGAGGAAGGAGAAAAUACCUCAGUAGCAUCUCACAAUCCUGAGCCAAAGAAAUGUCUGAGGCCCAGGAUUGUUUCAAAGUCCCUGGAAAAGUUGAAAGAAUUCUGCUGUGAUUCUGCCCUCCCUCAAAACAGAGUCCAGACAGAAGCCCUUUGGGAGAGACUUGCAGUUCUGCCAAAGUGUACUGAUUUCGAAGAUAUCACUCUGCAACGUGCAAAGAAUGCGGUUUUGUCCGAAGAUUCCAAGUCUCAGGCUAAUCAGAAAGACACUCAAUUUGGACCUUCCCCUGAAGCUUUCCAGAAGACUUCCACUUGUAAACCUUUUAACAGGCGGUCCAAGAGCAUCUAUACUCCACUAGAACUGCAGUACCUUGAUGUGAAGCAGCUGCAUAAAGACGCGGUUUUGUGUGUGGAAUGUGGGUACAAGUACAGGUUCUUUGGGGAAGAUGCAGAAAUUGCUGCCCGGGAACUCAAUAUUUAUUGCCACUUGGACCACAACUUUAUGACGGCGAGCAUACCCACCCACAGACUGUUCGUGCAUGUCCGCCGACUGGUGGCCAAAGGAUACAAGGUGGGAGUUGUGAAGCAAACUGAAACUGCGGCAUUAAAGGCCAUUGGAGACAAUAAAAGUUCUGUCUUUUCCCGGAAAUUGACUGCUCUUUAUACGAAAUCCACACUGAUUGGAGAAGAUGUGAAUCCUCUGAUCAGGCUGGAUGAUUCUGUAAAUAUUGAUGAGGCAGUGACGGAUACUUCUACCAACUAUCUUCUGUGUAUCUACGAAGAAAAGGAAAACAUUAAAGACAAAAAGAAGGGGAACAUUUCUUUUGGCAUCGUGGGAGUGCAGCCUGCGACGGGCGAGGUCGUGUUCGACUGCUUCCAGGACUCGGCUUCCAGACUGGAGCUGGAGACUCGAACAGCAAGCCUGCAGCCCGUGGAGCUGCUGCUCCCCUCACAGCUGUCCGAGCCAACGGAGAUGCUCAUCCGUAGAGCCACCGCUGUCAGUGUUGGGGAUGACAGAAUUCGAGUAGAAAGGAUGAAUAAUACUCACUUUGAAUACAGCCAUGCUUUCCAGACAGUUAUGGAGUUCUAUGCCAGAGAGACAGUUGACACCCAGGGCUCUCAGAGCCUGUCUGGUGUCAUUCACUUGGAGAAGCCUGUGAUCUGCGCCCUGGCUGCCAUAAUACGGUACCUCAAGGAAUUUAACUUGGACAAGGUGCUGUCCAAACCCGAGAAUUUUAAACAGCUGUCAAGUGGAAUGGAAUUCAUGAGAAUCAAUGGAACAACGCUAAGGAAUCUGGAAAUCCUACAGAAUCAGACUGAUAUGAAGACCAGAGGAAGUUUGCUUUGGGUUUUAGACCACACUAAAACCUCAUUUGGGAGAAGGAAGUUAAAAAAAUGGGUUACCCAACCAUUGCUUAAAUUAAGGGACAUAAAUGCCCGACUUGAUGCAAUAUCCGAUGUUCUCCACUCAGAAUCCAGUGUGUUUGAACAGAUAGAAAACCUUCUACGGAAACUACCGGAUGUCGAGAGAGGACUGUGUAGCAUUUAUCACAAGAAGUGCUCUACUCAGGAGUUCUUCUUGAUCGUCAAAAACCUGUGUCAACUCAAAUCAGAGCUUCAAGCGUUAAUGCCUGCUGUUAAUUCCCACGUACAGUCAGACUUGCUCCGAGCACGCGUCUUAGAAGUGCCUGAGCUCCUCAGUCCAGUGGAGCCUUAUUUAAAGGUUCUGAAUGAACAAGCUGCCAAAGCUGGCGAUAAAACUGAAUUAUUCAAAGACCUCUCUGACUUCCCUUUAAUAAAAAAGAGGAAAAAUGAAAUUCAAGAAGUCAUUCACAGCAUCCAAAUGCAUUUACAAGAAUUGCGAAAAAUAUUAAAACUUCCUUCUUUACAAUAUGUGACUGUAUCAGGACAAGAGUUUAUGGUUGAAAUAAAGAACUCAGCUGUGUCUUGCGUCCCGACUGACUGGGUGAAGGUUGGAAGCACAAAAGCUGUGAGCCGCUUUCACUCUCCUUUUGUCGUGGAAAACUACAGACGUCUGAAUCAACUCCGGGAGCAGCUAGUCCUUGACUGCAAUGCUGAAUGGCUUGACUUUCUAGAGAAUUUUGGUGAACAUUACCACACUUUGUGUAAGGCCGUGGAUCACCUAGCAACUGUGGACUGCAUUUUCUCCCUGGCCAAGGUCGCCAAGCAAGGAAGUUACUGCAGGCCAACUCUACAAGAAGAAAAGAAAAUCAUCAUAAAAAAUGGAAGGCACCCUAUGAUUGAUGUGUUGCUGGGUGAACAAGAUCAGUUUGUGCCCAACAGUACAAAUUUAUCAGACACUGUGGAUGCUACAUUAGUCCCCCAUUGUGAAGCAAGAUUUCAGAGCUGUUGAUAUCGAUAGUGACAGCAAGUGGAGAACAGGGCUUUGGGGAAGGAGAGUGUGAAACAAGAUUGGGUAAGAAAGUUAGAGUCGUCCACAGGAUAACUGAAAUUGUUUAAAAUGUCAGUGGGGUUUCUUAUGGAGGAUGACUUCAAGGAUGAUAGUUGAGGUUUGUGGAUGUCUGCAGUGAGGGCAGCUGUAGGAGGACCCUAAAGAAACAAAAUUUGUGGACUCUGAAUAGAAAGUUUCAGCAAGAUAGCAGCCCAUGCAUGACGGAAGUUCGCACAGAGUGGUGAGAUACAAAGUAUCAGAGAGCAGCCCAUGCCUGACAGAAGUUCACACAGAGUGGUGAGAUACAAAGUAUCAGAGAGCAGGAGAUACAUGAGAGGUUUUUAAGUUCGUGGCAGAACUGAGAUGUAGGAGAGCAGCCAGAGAGAAGUUAGCAGGGUGCUGGGAUGGUAGCAACAUUCCAUGUUGGGCCUUGAGUAAGGACCUCUGACACGGUCAGUUUGACCAGCCAUAUGUGUGUGGAGUAAAAUGCAAAGCUUUGAGUUCUGUCUACCGUCAUGUUCCCUAUCAGGUCAAACAGGGUUUGCUGGUAGUUUCUAAUCUGUGUGCUGGGUCUGUUCAGACUGUUUCAUUGAAGUGCCACAGACGGAGUGGUUACAAGCAACAGAAGUUCUCUUUCAAGACUCUGGAGAUGGAAUUCAAGAUAGGGUGUCUAUACCUUAUGGGAGCUGGUUUUGUGCUUUUUCUGUGGCACUUUUUGUUGUGUCCUCCCUUGGUGGGAGAGGGGGCAGUCCCUCUCAGUCCCUGUAUGUUAAUCACAUCCUAAAGCCCCUGACACUGCCAUCAGUGGGAUUUAGACGUCAUGAGAAUUGGGAAGAAGCACGGCCAUUUGGACCAUAGCAACUAGAGACACAAUGUCUAACUUUCUUUGCUUUCACUAAUGUGUGUGCUAUCAGUUGUCAUAUAAGUUAACGAAUACCAAUCUGAAUUUAAUUGUUCUUAAGGACAAUAAGCCUAUAUGAGAAUAAGAUCUGUGUUUUGGUUUCCAUAGCAAUAGAGUAUAGCCUCUCUAGAGAGACUAAUAUAGUUCUAAUAUUUAAUAGCUUGGCGUGUAUUUAAUGGAUAAACCACACAUGAAACUAGUUCUGUUUCUGCCUAUGCCCAUCCACUUGCCCCGAGGAUGUUAUCCUUGCAUUGCUAUUUUAUUUCUCUUUAUGUUUUCAUUUUCCUCUUAAAAAACAAUCUACUAUAUCCUUAAUAAGUCAAAUUUGUAGAGUUAAAACAACCUUCUAAUCACAGGGGCAUUUUAAAGAAUCAACAACUCAUGUAUUUAGACCUUUACAAAAUAAAUGUAGUAUUUUUUUUCCUAGUUAGGCAACUUAGAAUGUUCCAGAAUAUUCAUUUCUUUUGCAUAUGCUUUUCCUAACUUGAGUAGGAGUUGAUAUAGACUGUUGCUAUGGUGAAGCGCAUUCUGGUUUUCAGGGUAUAAAUUUAUAUACAGGAAUAGUGUAGAGAAAGAACUUACUAUGUAAAAUUCUAUCUAAAAUGUACUCUGCCUAUUAAUUUAUAAACUAUACUGUGACAGAAAAGUCCUCAAAGUUAGGUAGCAUUGUUACUUCUGAUAAUUACGUUUUGAAAAUUCAUCUUUCUUACAUCUCAAUUAUUCUAGCCCUCCUGGGCUCUGUGUUAAUGAAAUCAUUAUGUGCUUAUGAGCAAAAUAACUUUCUCACUUUCCCUCUCCCAUAUAGGAAUCUUUUCUGUCCCCGCUUUGCCCUUCCAUUUGCCUUUUCCAAUGCAGUUCUCAUUCACUGUCCUCUGUAGCCUCCGCUAACCUGCCACCCCUCACCCCUGCUAACCUGCCACCCCUCACCCCUGCUAACCUGCCACCCCUCACCCCUGCUAACCUGCCACCCCUCACCCCUGCUAACCUGCCACCCCUCACCCCUGCUAACCUGCCACCCCUCACCCCUGCUAACCUGCCACCCCUCACCCCUGCUAACCUGCCACCCCUCACCCCUGCUAACCUGCCACCCCUCACCCCUGCUAACCUGCCACCCCUCACCCCUGCUAACCUGCCACCCCUCACCCCUGCUAACCUGCCACCCCUCACCCCUGCUAACCUGCCACCCCUCACCCCUGCUAACCUGCCACCCCUCACCCCUGCUAACCUGCCACCCCUCACCCCUGCUAACCUGCCACCCCUCACCCCUGCUAACCUGCCACCCCUCACCCCUGCUAACCUGUGUGCUCCAGCUGUUUGGGUCUCUUACAGUCCUCACGAACUGCCUCUGGGCUUGGCAGAUGGCCUUCCCUCUGCAGAGAAUGUCCUCCUUCCCCAUCUCACCCCUCCUGCCUCCCAAAUGUGCCUCCUGGCUUGAAGCCUUCCCUCACCAGUGCUGUGACGAUAGAUCCCACAGCCCACACCUACCACCCUGUGUGUCUCCCCACUUAUCCAGUAAGCUUCAGUUGUUCUUUUUGUUUUGCUUCCCAAAGGGUUUCACUGUGACAAAGACAGGAGUGUACAUGUCUAUACUGUGUAGGUGUCAUACGAGUGUCCACAGCAAGUGGCUGACGCACAGCAGGCUCCUACUCACAUGUGUUACUGCGGAUUAACUGAGACACCCUCACAGUCUCCAGAUCUCACUUCAAAGUUUUCUUCUUUUUCUUCCAGAAAAUGUUAGCUUUUUUCAGGAUUGGGGGUUUCUCAGUUUACAGAACAUUUCACUGAAGGAAUAGAAGAAAAAUGAGUUGCUACCUCUUCAUACCUGUGGUAAACUAGUUCUCAGAAUGGGAAAGUCAUGUCCAGGCCAUCUAAGUUGAGUCUUAGACAAUUUCUUGACACAUGGGCACAGUUUAGGGCAAGUGGUACUGUUCACCCAUGCUCACUGCCGGGAAAACAUAGGAUAUGAUGCCAGUUUAACCCCACACUGGAAUAAAACAGAGAAGGGAGAGUUGGCUGUGGCCUGGCAGAAGUUGGCCCAAGGGCUGUGGCUGUCCCUUAAGGGUUAAGGAGUUGGUUCCUUAUGUCCUCAUAGCCCUGUCAAAAGUCAGGACACGCUGCUUGGCAGUCAUAUUAUGGACUGUCCUGUGAUUAUUUGUUUACUGACCCAAUGGCUAUCCGGUGGGUGGGCUUUUGAAAGCAGUGCAGGUUGUUCUUGUAUUCGGGUUUGAGAUGAGUGAUGUAACCUCAACUCUGUCACUUUAGGAAAUACAGUUGGGUAGGGAGAAAUGAGUCCAGUGUUCAAAGAUCUCCAGGAAGCCCCGGAACUUGGAUCUCUCUAGGUUGUGGUUCUAGGGUCACUGCCCAGCACCAGCGCAGUACUAGGGUGCAGGUCAGGAAGUAACCUGAAGCUCUUUAGUCCUCAGUACUGCGUAUGGUGUGUAACAGACCUCUGUAUAUACAUCUUUGUAUAUACAGAUGUUUGAGGCUGGAAAGGAAGAGGACCAACUUCCCAAUUUCCUCUUCCCUCCCAGUGCCAAUCAUUUUAGAUGCCCAGUAAUGCUUGCUUUGGCUACAUACAAAUGAAAUGUAAUAUCCGUUGAACCAACUGUUGUCAUUGACUUUAUCCCUAAUUACCAAGUACAAUGUCUGUGUAUGAGUAUGUGCGCAUGAGUGUUAGGGCUUGUGGAGGCCAGAAGAACUCAUCAGCUCUGUUGGAGCUGGAAUGGUUGUGGGGUGCCAGAUAUGGGUGCUGGGAACUGAACUCCGGUUCUCUGCAAGAGCCCUGUAUCCUGUGUUGCUCUCUUCUCCUGUUCCCGAAACAGUGACGUUCCCGAAGGUAGUUAUUUGGUAGCUCCCUGGAAAGAUGUAUUUAUUAACUCCCAUGUAUAUGCAUGUGUUUCUGUGAGUGCAGCUGUGUGUAUGGGUACUCUCAGGGGACAAAAGAGGACAUGGGGUCCCCUGGAGCAGAGUUCGAGGUGGUUGUGUACCAGCUGAUGUGGGUGCCGGCAGAUGAACUCAGGUCCCCUGAAAGCACAGCAGCCCUCUUAACCACACAGCAGUCUCUCUAACUGAUUCUGAUUCUCUUUUCUUAAAAUCACCUGUGCUGGUAUCGACCCAGUGUUUCUUUCUCUUCCUGUCUCCAGGAAGAGACCAUCAGUUGAACUCUUGUUCCUGCUUCAAGACCCAGAACAUUAUUUCCUACUUCACAGAGCCUUCAUCAUGACUUUAGCUAGAAACAACUCGCCCAUGGUAGUCUGUCCAUCUUAAAACUCCUCCCGUGUAGGCACAGAGAGCCUGUGUGGCGAUAGCAGAUAAAAAUUCAGACUCAGUUCUACCAUUAUCUUACGGUCUCCUGAGACAGGCCACCCAUCUCUGGGCCCUGGUGUUCCUAUGUGUAAGUGAAAAGCUCGACACCAGCCUUGCCCUACAGAAUGGGAGAUGGGUGGAAUCCAGGGAUCAGACGAGUUUAGAGCACUGCCCUGGCAUCUCAGGGGUAAGCCUCCCUACCCCUCCUCACUGCCCCUCCCUGCUUCUCAUUCCCCUUGUCCUACUGCUUGUGCAGAGGAAGCCUUCGUCUGUAACUUGCCAUUGAUUGACAUUUUCAGGGAAUAAAGCACUUUAAAACUGACACUUUUCCUGCUGGCCCUCAACUGCUAUAAAAAUAGUUCUACCACAUUCUUUAGAGACGGAUUUUAGUGUCUGUGCCUGUCAAGGAUGGAACCAUGGUUUACAAAGAAUUAGCUCUUACCUGGGUCUUAGAAAUGAACAUGUGACAAUGUUGGAUUCUUUUCUGCUGUUGACUUUGGGGCUACUAUGACUUCCUGUCAUUCUAGCAUAGGCAGUGGCAGAGUCAAGGACUCCAGGCUUCUUUUACAGCGUCUGUGCCUCCUUGCCAUUGAGCAGAAGUCCCUUGUGAGAUGUCUGUCAGCAGUUUUGCUGCUAGCUCUGUGCUAAGCCUCUUAGCUUCCCAAGCCUUUGUCCUUCUUCACCUGCAACAUGGGAACAUAGGUACACAUCUGUCAUGUUGGUGUCAGGAGGACUGCAAAUUUGAGGCCAGGAUAGACUAUAUAAUAAGACCCUCCCUCCAUGAAACAAUCAUAAGACCUAAAUGAGAUGAUGCAUAUGAACUCAAGUGUGUGCAUGCAUGCAUGUGUGUGUGUGUGCAUGCGCGCGUGUGUACAUGUUAGAUACAUCUGCACAUGUGUGUAUGUGGGUGGGUGAGGAAGGCAGAGUGUUGACACUGGGCGACUUCCUCCAUCAUUCUCUACCUUAUGUUGUUAGACAGACUCUCUUGAUGAAACUGAAGCUUGCUAACUCAGCAUGGCUGACUGGACUGUCUCUGGAGUUACAGUCAUGUUCACUUUGCCUGGCUUUAUGUGUGAGUAGUAAGGCUCUAACCUCAGGUCCUCCAGCGUACACAGCAUUUACCACCUAAACUGUCUCCCAGCCCUAUGUGACUCUCUUAUGCUGUUGAUUGUUCAUCUUUCCCAGAGAAGACCGUGUUUAAUGUUGUGGGUACUUGGGAAUUUUGGGCUCUAGUCUGCAGUUUGAGUCUUGAAUUCUGAACUCUGUUCAGAUAAAAGCCAUUCAUGCUGAAGCCAGACUCUAGAGAGGUGCCUCUUCUGCAAAGGGAUCUCACAGUCUUCCCGUGUGUGCAAGUGUGGGUGAAGCUUAGCCUUGGUUUGCAAUGGCCCCUCCCACCUACCGUGUCAGGUAGCACUCUGUCUACCAAUAGCUCAGGCCUCCUGGUAUGGUAAGUACAUCUUUUGUUUGCCUCUGUUCCUUCUUGAAUCCAUUCCUUCAUCUCUUUGCAGUUUCUUAAGACUUUCUCGGUGCCUGACCUCAUGCUGGAUGUCUGACCAGUCCAGUCAUAUACACUCCCGUUUACUUGAGUCAUCUUCUGUGGGUACAGAGUUCUUGCCAAAUUUUGGCCUCCUUCUAUCCUAUUAGGAUCUUUGCUCAUGCUACAAAUGGCUUCUGACUAUUCUCUUAGGGGACGCUCACUCGUCCUUCUGCUCUCUGGACAGAUUUAAGGUGUGUUAUGAAUGUAUCUGGAAGCCUUUGAUGUGUGGUAUCUCAGAUACCGAUCCUAACCAAGUUACAAGAGCACAUUGUAGAGGUGUGUGCAGUCCUUAGUCGUUACCUUCCUCACUCUGCCAUCUUGGGAUGGGAGAAAAGAACUCACAUCUGCCCACAUUGUUUUCAAAUGUAAACGUGGUGGGAUCUGCUGUGUAACACGUCUGACUAUCACUCGCCUACCAGGGACUUUUUAGCCGUGAGAGUAAUAGCUAGCAGUCAAGAUAAGGUCAUUUCAGAGAGCAGAGUGCAACUCUGAAUGACAGGAGGGGUUCCACACAUAGCCUGGUUAAGGGAGGUCUGCCCUGCUCAGACCCAGGCAAAGGUUUUAAGGCCGGAGGGAUCUUACAGCCAACCUGGUCACCGAAGAGCAAAAUUCAAGUCUCCUGGCACCAAAGGAACCUGGAAGGAGUGUGGACUGGGUAAGAAAGCAGGCCAAAGAGACCAAGAAUGCCUGCUGCUUCUACACUGUGUCUGAAAAGUGGCAGUCAACAGUGGGCCAAAGCAGCUGCCAUGAUUAGCUCUGGCUUCUGAGAAGUUCCUCUGCGCUGUCGAUGUCGGAAUCUUUGUGUCCCCUCCAGAGUCACUUGUGGAAAUUCUAAGCACCAAGGUAACAGUGGUAAGAAAUGUUUCCAAUUACUGGAGUUGAUUAGAUUGUAAGAAAGGAUCCUUCUGCAUAGAAUUAGUGCCCUUCAGAAAGGGCCCGAGAGGGUCCAUGUAUCCUUUAGCCUGGGGACCACCGAGCCAGGCUAUGUGCACAUACACAGAGACCCUCGCUAGAUCCCAACUAUGCUGGAACCCUCAUCCUGGGCUUCUCAGCAUCCCAUAUUCGAAAGUAAAUGCUUGUUAUUUAUAAGCUAAGAGAGCGCAGGGGGGGCAUAGAGAGGAAGGGAGGGGAAAAAGAAAGGCAAGUCAGCCUUGACUGGGACACUUAGACACAUUUUCAGUGAUCUGAGAGUCUGUGGAAGUCACAGCUUUUUGUGAAAAAUUUUGUCUUAGUCAUUAAGACUGUGGCUUUGUCUGUCACAUGGAGAAUGGGCUGUGGUAAAGGAACACCGGAAAGGCCUGCCAAGAGCCAUUGCAGCUGCCUGCAGAGCAGCUGCAGAGGUGGACACAGGAAGUGUUUAUGUGUCAGUGCCCAGUGACUCACCACUGUCAUGGCUCCUGCUGGUGUUUAUGCUGCCUCUUAUUGGGGGUCCUUUAGGGUUGAUUAAGAAAGUGCCAUUUGCGUCUGGAGAGAUGACUCAGCUAUUAAGAGCACUUCCUGCUCUUUCAGGAGACCUGGGUUCAGUUCCCAGAACCCACCUGGUGGCUCACAGCCAUCCCUCACUCUAGUCUAGGGGAUCGGAUAUUCUGUUCUGACCUCCACAGGCAUGAGGCACAUACGUGGUAAGCAAAACACUCAUAUACAUAAAAUAAAUAAAUGUUGAAAACUAUUUUUCUUUAAAAACAAAAACAAAAAGAGCAUGCCAUUAGUCGCCUGUCAGCAGUUGAGUUUAGUGAGUUGAAAAGCUAGUUUCUGUCUGAGCUCCUCAAAUGCAGCAGUAUCCAGGGGGGAGCAUUCUCUUCCAUGGUAACCGCUCCAGUGUUCAGGCUCCCUGGCUCCUUCUACCCACAGAGCUGGUACAAAUGGCUUGCCCAGCCUCUGUCCCAGUGUGUGCGAGCGAAUUGUUCCAAUUGUCAAUGUCUUAGGACUGGAUUUAGGCUAAGAGACCAUUUAGUUUACCUGUGUUUAACUGAAGAGAGGAAACUGAGGCCUACAGAACCAUAUCAGCCUGUGCAAACUCUCUCGAAGGAACCACCUUUGCAGGUACAUGGCCCAGGCUUAAUUCAUAUUUAUUUUUUUAAAAAUAGUUAGGAAUGUUGUUACCUUCUUCCUGGCCUAUAAUUGUAAUUGAUUUGCAAGACUUGUUUUUUUUUUUUAAAAAAAAAAAAAAGUUCCUGUUCAUGCUGAUGAUAGAAAGCGUUUGCCUUUUCAAUACCUUACGUAAAUGACAGAGGCCGAACCGAAGAUCGCAGUGAAAAGCACUCCAUGUAGGUUUACGUAGAUAAGGCUGGGCAUCCUAGCGUUAUCCUCACAUAUAUUUCUCAUUAUACAGAUGAUAGUGUUUUGCAGGACCUAACAUUAGGAAUUAGGGAAUGUUUUGCACAUUUUGGCCUUUUAUUUACCUUUUAAUUGUCUGUCCUAUUUAUUUAUUUGUCUGUUUGUUUAUCUAUCUUGGUUUUUCAAGCCAGGGUUUGUCUAUAGAGCCCUGUCUGCUCUGGAAUCACUCUGUAGACCCCACAGGUGUACCACCACUGUGGGCUUUAUUUCUCUUUCUAAAAUAGAGCUGUGACUAUCUCAUACUUUAUAGCCUGUUCGUUUAAUUUAAUAACAUAGGCAAUUCCCUACGUUUUCAAAAAGCCAUAGGAUAAUUUGUAGUCAUUCUACUGUAUUAUGUUAGUACACAUGGACCCUAGAUGUCCCUGAAACUCGUCUCCAGCUGUUGUAAGUGGCGCCUGGGAAGUGACUCAGGUCUCCUCCCUUUUACUGACCAAGUGGCUCCGUCCUCAACGAGAACAUAGUGUCUUUUGAAACUGCUUAUUGUAUUAGUAAAUCUAGCCCCUUGGUUAAGGCAGAAGGCAGCAGAUGCCGUGGGUUAGGACUGUGCGACUUCUCCUUGGAUCAGUUGUAAACACUGUCUCAGCUUCCAGGUUCCUUCUUGCUUCUGUAGGCACUUGAUCAAACCAAGGUCUUAGCAUUUGCUGAUCACAUGUUCUACUAAUCCAGGCCUGGACGUCAGGCUCCGUACCUGAAUGGUGGUAGAGACUCUGCAUCCUAUAUGGGGCGAGGGCUGUAGAUUGGGGGCUUUGGGCUUUUAGUUAAGAACUAAAAGUAAGCUGAUGUUAGGCAAAGGAGGGCAGUUUUCAGUAGUUUCUAAACAAAAGGGAAGGAAGCCUGCCUCACAUCCCAUCUCUCUGGUGGCCCAACCAGGCUCAGCUGCCCAGUGCUAUGGAGGCUGGGUCUGUUAGAGGGAGACUAAGAAGCAGUGACAGCCACCAUGGUUUGGGAGGUUGAUGGCACUAAGACACACUGGCACUACCUGCGUGAUCAGCUCUAAUUCCCCGAGGGAGCCCUGUGAGAGUCUUAUGGUGCCUACCUGUAGCUAGAAGUCGGCAUAGGGGCACACAGGCCAGUCCUCCAAGGGGACCACAGGUGGUUCUGGAAGUUGGAAUUUGGGAUAGGGCUGACUCGUACAGUCAUGGUCAGCCAGAGCUCAUGUUGUGGCUCUCGACUGGGGUCUAGCAAACCCCCACUGGCUUACUGGACUUUGUGAUAUCCUAGAAUUAGGUUACCAGAUUUAGCAAGUAAAAGUAUAGGGUAUCAGAUAAGUUUGAAUUUCAGAAAAACAAUAUUUCAGAAUAUAUCCAUGUGGGAUUUGUUUUUAUGCCAAAA